UAUGUAUAUUAAACUUUUGCACCAAAAUUUGGAAAACAGUGCAAUUCGACGUCUUGCCUCUAUGUCAAACUUGUAAAUUAUAAACUGCUUCGAUUAUUGUGUGUAAUAUUAGGAGGAACCGGAACGUAUUUUUGUAUUGUCGAUUUGUUGCGAUGACACUAACGAUGACAAGCUAGUCCAAUAAUCAAUUUUCAUUCCAUUCCAGCAGCUUGUUUUACAAAAUAAAUAAGAUAUUUUUACUAAUCUAGCCAGUGUUUCUAGUAAUAAGGAAAUGUAUCCAUUUGAUUUUUCAUAAUGGUUUCCUUGAAUUAUAACAAUGUUUUUUUUAAAUACUAGUUUAGUUACAUGCAAAUUGUGCACAAUUUGUUAAUUAAUUUAUAAAUAUAUCAACUAAAGAUGGAUUGGAUUAUAUCUGAUGAGUUGGGGUUGACCGUCGGGCACCUCGUAGGAUGGGGAGCAGCUGGAGCCAUGAUAAUCGGUGGCGUAGCACCAUACAUUCCACAGUAUCGUCAAAUCAAAAGGACACAGGAUGCUGAAGGGUUUUCCCUUUAUGUUUGCUUAACUCUCCUAAUAGCUAACACACUUCGUAUAUUAUUCUGGUUUGGCAAACGUUAUGAGUUGCCGCUCCUGAUUCAAAGUAUUGUCAUGAACAUUACUAUGUUUGUAAUGAUCCACCUCUGUGUUACUGUUCGCAAAAAAAGCCAAAUCAUAAGAGCAAGGGAGCGAAUAUUUACAGGUGCAUUAUUCAUGUUUUAUAUCCUAUUGUGUUGUGUGAACGGCUCAGACCAGCCAGAUGAAACGGCACGCUGGCUAGAGCAACACAGCGGAGCACCUAGCGGGGAAAAACCCCAUCGGUUUUAUGAUAUGGAAAGGAAAUAUUUCUGGGCGUGGACAGAUUUCCAAAGCUACGUAGACUGUAUGCUCGUGUUCUCCGUGAUCGGGGCCGCCGCCACGUACCUGAUGAUCGAGUUCGGGCCCUUCGUGGAGCUCAUUGGGUUCAUGGCCGUGUUUACGGAGGCCAUGCUCGGGGCGCCGCAGAUCGCCAAGAACCAUCAGAACAAGAGCACGGAGGGGAUGAGCUUGAGCAUGGUGAUUAUGUGGACCUGCGGUGACAUAUUCAAGACUGCUUAUUUUGUAUUGAGGGAGGCGCCCACGCAGUUCUGGGUGUGUGGCUCACUGCAAGUUGCGUUAGACGUUGUCAUACUCUUCCAAGUGUGGCUAUACCGCCGCGACACGGCGGCGGCGCGGCGAGCGCGGCGCGGCGACUAGCAGUGGACCGAGAGCGACUUAUAGCACCACCGCUGCCGCUGCCGCCUCCUAGCGGGACUCUUAUGAUAACUGCACAGUAACACGCUACUUUGCAAAUAGCUAAUUGUGUUUUUUGUGACGUGACUCAUCGAAACAGGAUGAAAUGAGAAAUGCUGUCAACGGCGUCGGAACGGAAAUAGCAACUUCCAAGUAGAAGAAUACGAUAAGUAAAUACGACAUCUCUUAUGUAUAUUGUUGGGAACAUAGUAUUCACUUCUUCAGAAACGAACUUUGCUUUUCAUGCGACGAAAUUAGUGACUCCAGGCUGUGCAUUGUAUAGGUACUUAUAGGUACUCAACAUUUCCAAGAAACGUCAUUCGUCGCCACAUAGAGCACACACCAACCGCGUGAACGCGUCUGUUUGCGGCGUCAUAGUGAUUUGAGCCCCGUCUUAUCACUAUCGUGCGGUGCGCGUGUAAAAAGGUAGCGCGAUGUUGAUACAAUAGCGAACUUUUUUUAAUCGCUCUUUUGCGCAACAUCGCAUAAUACAGCGUCGUGUAUAGGAAUUCUGUCUUACUCCGCAUUUACACAUGCGACGAGGGAAAUAAUGAUAGUGUGUACACGCAGAGAAAACAGUGUAUUCGCCAUUUACUUGUGUGUAAAAGCGGAAUUAGUUAAAUAAUGAUAAAAUGUGCCAAUAUCUAAUUUUUAUUACAAUUGACUUCACAAUUUUCGAAAUAGGCGAUUUUUAUCGCAUGUCGAAGGUGCUAUAAGCUCGUGCCUCCUUAGUGACGUGAUCAACGAGGUUAUGAUGGAAACUGAAUGAAGUUAAUAACUGAUCGCUCGUACUAGAAAACGCCUUUGUGUAAAUGUUUCAUUGACUGAUCAAAUGCUCAGGAUGGUAUUCCACCUGUCCAAUUUUUGCUCCAAUGUGUAUUUGCAUCUCACAUUUUGCUUAAUGAGAGAGCGAGACGCAAUGCACAUUGGACAAAGAAAUUGUACAGGUGAAGAUCGUGCAGGCUGGAGGGCGUACUUUGGCGUUCCAAAUGGCCGAAGACCGUCUGGACGUCCUAGGUACCGCUGGAGAGACAAAGUACAAAAAGACCUUAGCGAACGCGGCGACGUCGAAUGGACAGAAAUGCAUAUGGCGGUCUUUGGUUUCGGAGGCCAAGAUUGACUUCGGGUCGCUGCGCCUCAGCAGUAAGUCAGUAUAGAAUACCAUCCUAAGGUACGCAAAUAUCUGGGUUCGAAUAAAAAAAAAACGUAUUUUUGUAACAUUUCGCGCCUUCAAUGAGGCCGUUCUCAACUAAUUAUUCGUGCAUCCAGUCAAUGAAAACUUUUUCCUUAGCGCCCUCUAUACCUACCUACUGAACAAUUGGCAGUUUUAAAUAUAGAUGUCAGUGGUUAAAAGGUACAAAAGAAGGAGAGGUAGGUAGAAUACAGUGGUAGGAGACCAACAUUAGAAAAUUGUUUGUUGCUUCCGUUAUUUUAAGGGUGCAAUCUACUAGUCGUACGUUCCUUUAGGCCGCUUUUCCACUAAAGCUAAGCUACUUUUACAUACAAGUGAUCCAUAGGUUCGAAACUUCACAAUUCAAACAUCUUAGCUCUGGUGGAAGACGAACCUUAUUUUCAAGGACGAAAUUGUAUGCUGUUGCUGUUUAUUUGUACAUAAAUAAAAUGGUAGUGAUGUGUUGAUUAGAUUGACAUUAGUUUGAAUUUAUUGAAAGUAGACCACAUAAAAAAAUGAAGGCAAAUUAUUGCAGCUUCGCGUGGUUCUCCAUCUGGCCUUACCAAAUUUAUAUUUGUAUCGGUAUAAAAUCAACAAAGUUGUGUUAUUAUUUUACUAAAGCAUUUAUUUAAGCCCGUCAAAUCAGUCACAUGGUUUUGUUGCCUGAUAUAAAUAUUAUAAUGUGUGUACCCGAGCGUAGUAUGGUUAGGUACAUAAGUAACAUAAGUAUUAUUUGUGAUAUGUAGGUACAAUGCGCAUUGGUAAGCAAUCACCUGUACGUACAAAUUAAAUCAACUUCAAAAUUAUUAUUAUUUGAGUAAUAGGUAUUAGGUGCAAGUUUUAUUACACUGGAUAUCGAUUUAUAAUGUCUAGCUAGAGCCUAUUUUCUGACGUUACGAGUAAUAAUUUUGACCAAUAAGAGAUUCUUGACCACUACAAUUCUCGUUUUACGACCAUCGGGACCGAUUUUUGAAUUUCAUCGCUCGAUUUCGUGAUCUCCCAUAAAUAAUAUCUCCACUACUAGGCAUUUAAAUUCUACUACAGUGGAAGAAGGCGGUGGUGGCCGAGUAGAUAUGAAAGAAAGCGGUGGUGGCCGAGUGGAUAUGACGUCCGACUUUCAAUCCGGAGGUCGUGGGUUCAAAUCCUGGCUCGUACCAAUGAGUUUUUCGGAACUUAUGUACGAAAUAUCAUCUGAUAUUUACCACUAGCUUUUCGGUGAAGGAAAACAUCGUGAGGAAACCUGAAUACAUCUGCGAAGAAGUUCAAAGGUGUAUGUGAAGUUCCCAAUCCGCAUUGGGCUAGCGUGGGGACUAUAGCCCGAGCCCUCUCGCGCAUGAGAGGAGGCCUGUGCCCAGCAGUGGGACGCAUAUAGGCUAAAUUAUUAUAUUAUUUUUACGGUGGAACCUAAGCGCUGGUGGCCUAGCGGUAAGAGCGUGCGACUUGCAAUCCGGAGGUCGCGGGUUCAAACCCCGGCUCGUACCAAUGAGUUUUUCGGAACUUAUGUACGAAAUAUCAUUUGAUAUUUACCAGUCGUUUUUCGGUGAAGGAAAACAUCGUGAGGAAACCGGACUAAUCCCAACAAGGCCUAGUUUAUCCUCUGGGUUGGAAGGUCUGAUGGCAGUCGCUUUCGUAAAAACUAGUGCCUACGCCAAAUCUUGGGAUUAGUUGUCAAGCGGACCCCAGGCUCCCAUGAGCCGUGGCAAAUGCCGGGACAACGCGAGGAAGAAGAGUGGAACCUCGAUAACUUAAAAACCUCUAUAAGUGAAUACAAUAUUGUGAUCCCUUCUCCACGGAACCGAAAACCUCGUUUAUUUAAAGUACCAAAACUUCUACAACUUAAACGAAUAAUUUGGAACUUAGACCUCAGUAACUUAAAGUUGUGUUUUGACGACCUCUAUAACUUAAAGUGCUAUCGUAAAUUCAUUUAAACAUUCAAAAUUCAACCGAAAGGUUCUGUUGAGAAAUUUGUUUUUAUUGCGUUUACUGGUCAACACCAGAGAAUGUAUAACACUUAUUGUUUAUGUUUAAAUCAUUCAACCACACUAGCUGAGGUACCGUAACUUAUUUGGAUCAUUAUUUUUUGUCGUUCUCCGCGAAGUGCACAUUCUUAAGUAAAAUGAAUUCGGAACGAAAAUUAAAAACACUAACAUGCAAAAUUAAAAGCAAACGAAACAGUGAAAAGUAGCCUGAAAAGGAGAGAUGUCACCGCCCAGUUUGGAGUACAUGAGAGUACACUAUCAAUCAUAUUGAAGAAUAAUACUGAACUGUUGAAGAAACAUUAAUCUGGUGAAAGUCUAUAUAAAAGACGAAAUAUUGUCGAAUUCCCUUACUUACAAUGGUUUAAGCAGUGCCAAUGUUCAAAGAGUUACAUUUUUAUUUAACCUAGCUCGCCUAACCGUAUCCGAUUCCUUUAAACGCACCUCCAUAAGUAAAAAUAUGAGCCAAUCGAAACUCGUCAACUUAAAAACCUUAGUAACUAUAAGUUAAAAACUCGACAGCUCAAAGUUUUUAACGUUUCCCUUGGACUUUAAGUUAUCGAGGUUCCACUGUAGAAUUGAAAACGAGUGGUCAAUUCCACUAGUUUCCCAAGUACUAUCGCUCGUAUCUCUAAAAUAGCAUUUCGCCAUUUUCCACAGAAUUUCGAGUGACGAAAUCGAGCGUUGGCCCCCAUCGGUUUAAUUUUUUUUGACUUGUAGCUGAAUUAAAAGGAUGCGGGUGCUUGUAAAUGUUAAAAUAGUUUCUGUUUUAAAAUGUUUACCAUCUAGUUGGUUAGUAUAAUAUUCGUGCACCCAAAACCCUGGGGUAUUCUCAUUUUAGGGGCCCACUGAUUACCAGUUCGCCGUACGAUAUCAGCCUGUCAGUUAUCCGCGAUUGUCAGCUUUUGCGAAUAACUGACAGGCCGAUAUCGUCCGGCGAACUGGUAAUCAGUGGGCUUUUAAUACUAACUUUAACUUCAAAGCCACCGAGGAUAAGAUUUUCCGUGUGCAGAUAUUUAUCUGAAAUGUUUAAAUGAUAAAAUCUCUAGUCAGGUACUUGAAGUAAUAUAUCCAACCGUUGGUAAAAAAGGUGCUCGAAUUGCUCCCGUACGUAAAUAAUUGUAUGUAGGUAAAUAAAUACAAUUCCACGAUUGAUUAUAGGAAUUGAUAUCUAUUUGUGACAUAAUUAGCUGUGUGUUAUAGUAGAAAAGUACAAGUAUGUAUUUCCUUUGUGAAAGCUUCCAAAUAAUGUAAUAACUCCAAUUUUAAGUAUCCCAUUUUAUUUAGUGACAUAAGUAGGAUUCUUUUAAAGUCUUCCUGAAAGACCUCAUGUAUUAUUUGCAGUUAAGUAAAUGAAGUUGUACCAGUGAGUAGCAUUCCGUACUUAUGUUUACCUGCCUAGUCUGAUAUGGUUUUGUACGAUGCGAGCAAAUCCCGUUAUUAAUAUUGCGAUUCAUUAAAAACAAAUGUUGGCCAAUUAGAAGUCACCUUCCCCUCCUCCUCUAUCUACCCUAGGGGACCCUAACGUCACCGUUGGUGCCUAACUUCGCCCAAAUGAAAUAAUAAAAUAAUAUUUUUAGCAAGAAAUAUAUAGGUAUUCAUUAAAUACACGAAAAAUAAAACUGUGUAGGUAUAUAGUUUUAAAGUAAUAAAAUAAAAAUAAAAAACAUAAUAACCUAACUUCGCCUAGCCAUUAUUUUAAUUAUGAAACGAUUCCUGAAACAUAUUCCAAAUCUUAAAUUACUAGUUAAUAAUAAAAUUAUGAUUUAAUGAUAUGUAAGGCGAAGUUAUGUUCUAGAGGCAAGUUUAGGGUACGUGUUUUCGUCUAGCAUUAUUUUCAAUGAUCUGCAACAUGGGUGACGGGGUUUGGAUACGAGGUGUAACGUUUCCGAUAUGACUACUAAAUGAUCAAAAAAUAACAUGAGAGAUAUUAAUUAUAUAGUAUGUAAAGAAACAUAUCAUAUUCAUAUGUAGUAUCAUAAGUGUAAAUUGAGAUCCGCAUAGACGUAUUGUCAAUUAAGGAAUUAAUUGUAUAGUGACGUAAUCGUAUGUUGUGAUUUUUAUGAGUUAUCAGUUCUUAUAUGCAAUAAAACUAUAUGAUUUGUUAAA